AUGGCUACCCCUAGUGUCCUCGCUUUUGACGCUGAGGGUCGAGCCAUUGACUUUGAGGUCUGGGUCGACGACCUGCAGCUGUUCUUACAGUGCGAUAGGACGGACGGUCUUUCCCUCUUUGACCUCACCUCUGGCGCCUCUCCUGCCCCUGCUGCUGAUGCUGACCCCACUGUUCGCUCUCAGUGGGCCACCCGCGAUGCUGGUGCACGUCUUGCUGUGCGUCGCCACCUGCCUACCACUGAGCGCGCGCACUUUAGUCAGUACAAGAGUGCUCAGACCUUGGACCACUUCCUCUCAGUCUGUCCCACCACUCUCACUGUCGACCUCCUCGAGAAGUCCCUCCUGGCGGCGGAGAAGAGCAUCGUCGCUGUAGGAGCCUCUCGUGGUGACCCUCGCACCCCCAUCUUUGAGGGGUGUUCUCCUUCCCCCCUGCUGCCCUCUGUUGCCUCUGCUGCUGCUGCCGACCUGCUUGGUCUUGAGUCGGUCUGCGCGGCGUCUGCCCCUAGCGGGAGACGCCGCCCUGGCAGGGGCAAGGGGGGCAAGGGCGCGGGUGGAACUGGCGGGGGCGGUGGAGGUGGCGGUGGAGGCGGCGGAGGGAGUGGGGGUGGCGGUGGGAGUGGUGGCGGGGGCGGUGGUGGCGGUGGCAGCAGCGGAGGAGGAGGCGGUGGUGGCGGCAGCGGUGGGAGCGGAGGCAGCGGUGGUGGUGGAGGUGGAGGCGGUGGUGGCGGAGGGGGUGGAGCUGGUCGGGGUGGUGCCCCGCAGCGUAGCGGCUCUGGUGGUGGCCAGCGUCAGCAGCAGCAGCAGCAGCAGCGUUCGCGGGACAUCCCCCCGCCCCAGCAGCUCCGUGAGUGGUACACGCAGCGUCAGCGGGGUGGGGGUUUUGGUCCGUGCACCUACGUCCUUCGUUCCGGCGACCGCGCGGGUGAGCAGUGUGGGGGUGCCCACCCCACCCAGCGCUGCUUUGGCCGCCUGACGGACGCUUGGCGUCAGCAGUUCCCCGAGGCUAGUGAGAUUCCCCGUUGGGGAGAGCUGUCUAGGGCUGGCGUAGCUAUCUUUGAUCUUGACUUUGAUGCUAUCCUUGCUGCCAUGUAUGCUGUGACUAUUAGUGAGGAGGGUGACUGUUACCGGUGUUUCCCGCCCGACCCGGGCAUUGGUACUGCUGCGCUAGGUACUUCUGCGGCUGCUGCUCUAGGUGCCAGUGCGUCUGCACUCUCAGGUACUGGUGAGGCUGCGCUCUCAGGUACUGCGUCGGCUUCGGCCUCCCUCACCUUCACGCUUGACUCAGGGGCUUCUCGCUCCUUCUUUCGAGACCGCACCACACUCACGCCGCUUGGCCGGCCGGUUGCAGUCUCCCUGGCUGACCCCUCUGGGGGUCCUGUCCUCUCUCACUUCUCCACUGUCCUCCCGUGUCCGGCUGCCCCCUCGGGCACCUUGUCUGGUCUAUACCUCCCCUCGUUCUCGACGAACUUGGUGAGUGGUGCUGACCUGCAGGAUGCGGGGGUUCACCAGUUUACUCCUGCGAGUCAGCGGGUGACCCACUGCUCGGACGCCCGCACAGGCCGACACCUGGCCACGUUUUCGCGUCGGCCGGGGUCGAGUCUCUACACCCUGACCACUGAGUCUCCUCCUGUCCCUGCGUCUGGCCAGGUAGCUGCGUCGGGUCAGGUGUUUGCUGCUGCGUCCAGGUCUGGUCCUGAGUCUGCCCCCUGCUCGUGUCGCCGCCUGUCUCAGGAGACUCUCCUGUGGCACCACCGUCUUGGCCACCCCUCCUUGCCUCGUCUUCGGGGCAUGGCUUCCCGUGUCCUUGUCUCUGGUCUUCCCCGGUCUCUCCCUCCCCUUCCUUCGGGACCCGGACCUUCCUGUGUCCUCUGUGUCGAGGGGCGGCUCCGGGCUGCCCCUCACUCCUCCCAGUUUCCCCCGACAGAGGCUCCUCUGCAGACGCUUCACAUGGACGUGUGGGGCCCGGCCCGCGUCCGUGGGCAGGGUCACGAGCGCUACUUCCUGCUGGUGGUUGACGACUACUCGCGUUACACCACAGUCUUCCCCUUGCGCAGCAAGGGUGAUGUCACUGAGGUGUUGAUCGACUGGAUCCGCGCAGCGCGUCUCCAGCUCAGGAGGAGCUUCGGCUCGGACUUUCCUGUUCUGCGUCUGCACUCUGACCGAGGUGGAGAGUUCUCCUCUGGCCUUCUGCGAGCCUACUGUCGUGCACGAGGCAUCCGCCAGACCUUUACGCUUCCGGACUCUCCACGGCAAAAUGGGAUUGCUGAGCGCCGCAUUGGCAUGGUCAUGGACGUCGCUCGUACGUCCAUGAUGCAUGCGGCUGCCCCCCAUUUUCUGUGGCCGUUUGCGGUUCGGUACGCGGCGCAUCAGAUCAACCUUCACCCCAGGGUCUCCCGGCCGGAGACCUCCCCAGCUCUGCUGUGGACGGGGAAGGUCGGCGAUGCGUCUGCGUUCCGUGUCUGGGGAUCUCGGGCGUUUGUCCGCGACUUGUCUGCGGACAAGCUGUCCCCUCGUGCUGCUCCCUGUGUCUUCCUCGGCUUCCCCCCUGACGCCCCAGGGUGGCAGUUCUACCACCCCUCCUCUCGUCGUGUUCUGUCCUCCCAGGACGUCACGUUCGACGAGUCAGUCCCCUUCUACCGCCUCUUCCCCUACCGCACUCCUUCCCUCCCCCCGCCACCGCACUUCCUUGUGCCAGGUCCCCCCCCGGUAGACCCCCUUCCCCCUCAGGGUCCUGCCCCUUCAGGUGUGUCCCAGGUAGACGCAGUCGAGCCGGUCGAGGUUGCUGGUGACUCUGGUCCUGCUGCGGGUGCUGAGCCUGGGGGUGCUGACUCUGGGGGUGCUACGCGCGUGGGUGCUGAGCCUGGGGGUGCUGAGCCUGGGGGUGCUGAGUCUGGGGGUGCUGAGCCUGGGGGGGGUGCUGCGUCUGGAGGUUGA